UUUUUUUUAUUAUCAGUAAAGUGAAGUGUUUGUUGUUCAAAUAAGCUCAAUGUUUUUCUUCUGUUGUCGUUCCAUUUGUUUAUUUUGAACCUGUUUCAAUUACUCAAUCCAUUCAUUCAUUCUUUCUUUUCCAUUUCUCCCAAUUAUUGUCCUUUGCCAAUUCAUAAAAUGAAUGAAGAGACAAUGUAAUGCAUAUGAUGUGAUGUGUGCAUAAAACAAUGCAAUUUUACAGCAGACAAUAAAUAUAACCAUUUUCGUCGGAUUCUCCAUUCCGCAUAACCAUGGCCGAAGUACCGGAUUACGACAAACUUUCGCCGGACGAAAACAUAUUCAUCAAUCAGGCGGACGGUUUGCCCAACGAACAUCCGUCGAUACCCGAUCACGACUCCGACGACGAGAACAAUGCCUGCGAUCCGGACUCAUUCGACGACCUGCCCACAUCGGUCAUCGUCACAAACAUCCAUUCGGAAGUGUUCCUCGACGAUGACCUGAAGGCCGAAAUGGAAGAAUUGUUUCGCAUGUUCUCGCCGAGUGCAACAUUUCAAUGGCUGAAAUCGUUUCGGCGAUUGCGCGUCAAUUUCGAUAAUGGUGUAGCAGCAGCCAAUGCCCGCAUUCAUUUGCAUCAGUAUGAGUUCGGUAAGUCAUUGAUUACGUGCUAUUUUGCUCAACCGGUUACGCCUGUCGCACGGAAAUAUCUACAACCACCGGCACCGUACAAGCAAUUUCUCAUUUCACCACCGUCCAGUCCACCGGCCGGCUGGGAACCGAGAGAAGAAGGUGAACCGCUUGUCAAUCAUGAUCUGCUCGCCGCAUUAGCCAAUCUUACACCUGGCGAAAGUCAUGAAUUGCAUCCGCCGACGCCCGAGCAUCCAGGUAUUAUUGUUCAUACGGCACUUUUGGGAGAUGUCGAUGAAGAUGGCAAUAGUUUAGGUGUUGUCGAUAAGCCAAGAAUUCAUACCAGAUGUCCGGAACGGUCAUCGUAAAGGAGAGUUAUUGCCGCUGUUGAAUGAAAUUUCGUUUAGAUUUUUUUUUUUUUUUUUGUUUCAUUCUUUGUCUCUCGAUGUGUUUAGUGAAACACACAAGAUAUCCCAUUGUAUCCAUUGACUGAAUCCGAAAAAGUGUUGUGUCGGAUGUUAAAUCUCUAAAGCGAAGUGUUUCUCGUAUGAAUUGAAUGGAAGAGAAAGUUGAAUUACGAUACUUUGUAACGCGAGAAAAUAGAAAAAUUUUGUGCUACGAAGCAACAACUAAAAGUAAAGUCGUUAAUUACGCGGUCGAACGUUUGCGCAAAAUGUGAAACCUUUUCAAAUUGGAAAGAAAUAAAAAAUUUAAUUGCCGGGCUUGAAGUACAGUUUUCGCCUUAAGAAUCAAGUGAAGUGUUCCUUCGAGUCAAAAAUAUUCCCCGAUGAAUAUUUGUAUUGUUCGCGGUUGUUCUUCGUUUCUCGCUUAGCGCCGUAGAAUUAGUUGACUGGAUUAGGUUAGUUCUGACCGGAAUCCGAACCUGAACUAGGUUUUCAGGUUCGACCAGAACCUGAACUUUCACUUUCAGGUUCGACGUGAGCCUGAACUUUCACUUUCAGGUUCGACGUGAACCUGAACUUUCACUUUCAGGAUCGACGUGAACCUAUUUUCAGAAUGGAUCAGGUCGGGUCCGGGUAACCCGAAAUUUAUUGAAUUUGAGAUUUUUGGUGCAAAAAUUUCGUUUUACCCGAACCCGAUCUGAUCCAUCCUGAAAAUAUCUUUAGCGAAUUUCCUUGCGAGGCUCUUUUGCAAGUGCAUCUACUGUGUGCUUUUUGCCUAAACUCUGGUACGAUAAGUCAUAACCCGAUUUUCCGACAACAACUAGAGCUCGUGGCAGGGUAUAACGUGGCUUCACACUAUGAAAAUUUUCAACUAUUUAGACUCGCAUUGUCGUCAUUCAUCAGUGAGAGAUGACGCAGUUCUGAAGUCAAGAACUGCGUCACGCAACAACUUAGAGACAUUUGAAUGCAAAUUUAAAUCUGCCGCAGACAGGUAACGGAAUUAUUUUGUCCUUUGUGGAGAUGAUAAACUGUGGAAAACUGUUCAUCAUUACACUUCUAAUCGCUAGAUUCUCUAAUGGACUCCUUUUACAGAUGUGACACAAGAAUCUUUUUUUUUUUUCGGACAGCCCCCAAUGCAGAUUUGUCCAUUGCAAUCACAGUAACUAUUGUCGUCCAUAUCACCCCCCACGUAGAAUUGUACGAAAUUUCGUUUCAAACUGUUCGCACUACUUUCCACCUGCACUAACUAUAGUGGCUAAUCUGUGUAACCAAAAUUAAAUGUAAAAAAACAUGUGACAAAAAUUUCAAAUGGAACUGAUGGGAUUGUUAGGUAGAAAAUUUGAAAUUUCAGUGGAGUGUUUCCCAUUCCUCAAAGAUAAAUUUUGUUUGACUGUUCAAUACAAUACACAAUAGCUGUUAAGUAUUUAAGCAAAUUUCCGUCAAUGUUUAAGGAACAGCAAAUGAAAAGUGAAACGAAAGAAAAUUAAAUUUAAACAGGAAAUGGUGCGAGAGAAACUUGUAUUGAAAUGAUGUCGCUGUACGCUCAGACAUGAGAUUGCCCGUUGACAAUACAUCGUGUGCACAAGACACUAUUUCGAUACAAAUGUCGAGACUGUCAAAAAAUUUUGUAUUUCCAUUUCGAAAAUCGUCACAGAACAACCAGAAAGUCUUUUAUGUACUGCAGUGCAAUGGAAGCAUUGGCUGAAUGGAUUUUACAUAUUUUAGUUUUCCCUAGACUCGAAAGUGACUUAUUACAACAGUGGGAAUGAAAAUCAGAUUGGCGUUAAGCUGAACAGCGUGUAAAAUCCAUUGCACAACAAAGGAUAAAAAGGUUAAAAGUCUGGCUUUCGUAUGUUGAUUGACCUCGGCUUCGUCUCGGAUCAACGGAGUUCACACGAAAACUCUGCUUUUCAUCUUUUUAUCCUUUGUUGUGUAAAAGACUAUUCAUAGAUAUAUUUCCGUACUAGUGCAAUGCUUUCCAUAGAAGACUUGGGCCUAGUGCUGAACAAGUUAACAUUACAAUACUUGUCACACAAAAUUUCGGCUACGAACUAGUUAGCUUGUGUCUUAAUAGAAAUUUUACACGCAUAAGAUGUGCUGUCAACCAAGGGUUGACAAUUUUCUCAUCUUUUGAGCCGAAAUUUCCAUUAAGUUAAGAAAGUAUAUGUUUACCGCACUAGUGCCAAAAAGUGUUUCGAUAUCGAAAUGAUAUAAGAAUGGUUGGACGUUUCGACAUAAAAAUACAAAAAAAAAAUGUUUUUGAAGUGGCAAAGAGAACCCAACAAAAAAAAGUGAAAAUAAAAAAUU